AUGGGUGAAUUCAAUGGACGUGCUGUCAUUAUAACUGGUUCAUCAAAUGGAAUCGGUCGUGCUGCCGCUGUAAGGUUCGCUAAGGAAGGUGCAAUGGUGACGAUCUGUGGACGAGAUGAGAAAACGCUGAACGAAACCAAGGCGAUGGUUCUGAAGGUGAACGGCGGCGACGAGAAGAAGGUGUUCGUCGUUCGCGGGGACCUUUGCAAGGAAGAGGUUAUGAAGGAGACUGUUGACGGAACUGUUCGAAAAUUCGGUCGACUGGAUGUUCUGGUGAAUUUAGCUUGGAAAAACAUAGUGGCAUGGGUGAACAACGCAGGAGGAACCGGAGGCUCACGUUGGGGGGAACCAGAACUGGAAGGCAACAUCAGCGAAUUUGAGUAUGUCCUGAAUUUGAACACUAGGAGUGUCCUUCGUCUCUGUCAGUUGGCUCUUCCUCAUUUGGUGAAGACCCAAGGUGAAAUCGUAAACAUAAGCAGUGUCACCGGUUUGAACAAUGGAACGUCGGCACCGUUUCCAUUCUACAGUGUGUCGAAGGCGGCACAAGACCAACUCACAAGGAAUCUUGCGAUUCAUUACAUUAAGAAAGGAGUUCGAGUGAACAGUGUAAAUCCUGGAAUAAUAUCGACACACAUCGUGCAAAGGCAGGGACUUUCUGAUGAAGCUGUGAAACAGGGAGAAGAACAGAUCGGUGCUUCCCAUUCUUGCGUCCCAUACGGUCGUGCUGGAACACCCGAUGAGGUAGCAGAGGCGAUACUGUUUCUUGCUGAUCGCAAACGAUCCAGUUUCAUUCUUGGUCAUCAGCUGGUGAUUGACGGUGGAUCGUCAUUGCACAUGCCACUGAUUGCUGACGGUUAUGGAAUGUUCGCUACAAUGGCCGAACGUCUGGUUGAACAAAAGGCCUGA